AUGGCGGGCCAGAUUUCCGAUGCACGAUUUGUCCACACGUCGCAUUGGGAUAUUGAGUUGCAUCACAGCUUGACAAGCCCCGUUCCGGUGCGCAAUCUAUCUUUGCUGGGCGUUCCAACCUUCUGGAACCCAUCUCAGCUGGAGAGUCUUGAUCGAGACCUGUUAGAGUACUGGGGAAACGGCCACAUCUUCGGCAGUGCUCCAGGCGCUGCUAGCGUUUUCUUCGUUACAUCGCUACGGCUUACAAUCCCAGGCCCUGGAACUGAAAACCGCUGCACUGGGAAGCUUGGCAAAAGGAUCGGCAGCACAAAAUCUAAGCGCGACAGCGACCAUGCAGCAUACCGCCACGGGGAUGUUGCUUUGUUCUUUUGA